UUGGAGUCGGAGGUUCUGCGCUCGAGCCGAUCCUCCCUCUCUCCGCGCGCGGGGUCCCCCUCGCCUUCUGUCAUGGCUUCCUCCGAUGUGGCUCGGCAGUUGCGGUAUUCACCUGAGUUUGGAAUGAGAGCACACUCGAAUCCCACACCAGAUAAUCAAGAUGCAAAGAGACAGAAUUGUCGUACCUUAUCCUUAUCUGGUCAUGUUGGUUUUGAUAGUUUACCAGAUCAAUUGGUUAACAAAUCAAUCCAUCAGGGUUUCUGCUUCAAUAUUCUCUGUAUCGGUGAGACAGGACUUGGAAAAUCAACCUUGAUUGAUAGUUUGUUUAAUACAAGUUUUGAUGACCGCAUGUCAACACACUUUCAGCCGAACGUAAGACUUAAAGCUCAGACAUAUGAGCUUCAGGAAAGCAAUGUUCGGUUGAAGUUGACCAUUAUAAGAACAAUUGGAUUUGGUGACCAGAUAAACAAAGAUGAUAGCUAUCAGCCGAUAGUGGAUUAUAUAGAUGCACAGUUUGAAGCCUAUCUCCAGGAAGAGCUGAAAAUUAAACGCUCCUUAUAUAAUUACCACGACACUCGCAUCCAUGUGUGCCUUUACUGCAUUUCUCCCACAGGGCAUUCACUUAAAACUCUGGAUUUAUUAACCAUGAAAAAUCUUGAUAGCAAGGUGAAUAUUAUUCCAGUUAUAGCGAAAGCCGAUGCACUUUCUAAAUCCGAACUGCAGAAGUUUAAGAUCAAAAUAAUGAGUGAACUGGUCAGUAAUGGAGUCCAGAUAUAUCAGUUUCCAACAGAUGAUGAGGGCAUUGCUAAGAUCAAUGCCACCAUGAAUGGACAUUUGCCAUUUGCUGUAGUGGGGAGUACAGAAGAGAUAAAGAUUGGAAACAAAACAGUAAAAGCUCGCCAGUAUCCUUGGGGCAUUGUGCAAGUGGAAAGUGAGAAUCACUGUGAUUUUGUGAAGCUCCGUGAGAUGCUGAUUUGUACAAAUAUGGAAGAUCUGAGAGAGCAGACUCACAUGCGCCAUUAUGAGCUGUACCGGCGCUGUAAAUUGGAGGAGAUGGGUUUCCAAGACACAGGCCCAGAAAACCAGCCUGUCAGUGUACAGGAGACUUACGAAGCUAAGUGGCAUGAAUUUCUUGAGGAGUUUCAACAAAAAGAAGAAGGGAUGAGGCAGACGAUGGUGCAGAGGGUCAAAGAAAAAGAAGCGUUGCUGAAAGAAGCAGAGCGAGAACUGCAAGUGAAGUUUGAGCAUCUGAAGCGACUUCACCAGGAAGAAAGGAUGAAAGUGGAAGAGAAAAGAAGGCUUCUGGAAGAGGAGAUUAUGGCAUUCAAUAAAAGAAAAGCUGCCUCAGAUAUACUGCAUGGGCAGGCUCUUGUCUCAACACCCACUGUUACUUUAAAAAAAGAUAAGGAACGCAAGAACUCUGGCUUUAUGUGAAGCUGAAGUUACAAGAAGAAAUUGUUCACAGUGAUCUGUGAGAACUUGGAUUUUCCCCUUUGUUCAUAAUACAAGCUAACUUGAAAACUGACCACUGCUUAACAAAGGAAAAGUAUAUUAAACUGUGUAAUCAAUAAGGCAUAUUGUAGGUUGAUGUUGCAUUAAUUAUAUUUAAAUGGACAUUUUAAAGCAGCUAUUGAUAUGCACUUAAGACUUUAUGUACUCCUGGUCGAGUCACAUGCACUUCAAGUGCAGUGCCAGAGAUUGUUGUGCCAUUAAGCAGUUUUCAUUCCACUUAUGAAUGCUGUAGUACAGCAGUAUUUAGUGAACAUAUAUUGUAAUGGUUUUGAAGAACCAUUUGGGAUAUGUUUACUGUACACCAUUUAACGUUAACUUUUGAAGCAUUUACUGAAUUGUAUGAAAUAUGGUAAACCUGUUUAAUAACGGCUUAUUUUUUCUGACAGUACUUUUAUAAAUGCACUUUCUAGUUUUGUGAUAAUGCUAAACUUUCAAAUUAAAAUGGAUCACGGUUAAUUUCAAUACUCCAGUAUUCAUGCAAGUCUAGCUGUCGCUUCAAAAUGCAUAUUGAGAGCCAAGGUAGUUAAAGAGAUGUCUUCUGCUUGAGCAGUUUUUUAUUGUGAUUCAUUGUAUGUUGCCAAUACAAUGGAGAUUAGAAGUUAAAAAACAAAGCCCAGUUUUAAUGUGUGUCCUGACAAUUUAAAUUCACUUUUAAUGUCAUACCUAAAAUUCCCUGGAUUAAUGCCACCUUCCAGUUUUAAGACUUCACUGACUAAAACUGGAUUGUUGGCUUUAAAAUCGCUGAGAACAAACUAAUACUGAAUUCCUGUGUGCAUUUACUAGGGAGUAAGUUCUUUUGAACUCAGUGGGGACUUGUUUCUGAGUAAACUUGUACAGAAUUGCAAUGUAAAUGUAAACUAUCAUAGUUUAAAAUAGUUGUGAAUAUUCUGCCGAUUCCCAUUUACUAAUGAACAGCAGCUGUUACCCAAAGAGGCAGUCUCCUCUUUAAUUGGGUGAAAUUAGCUUGAAGGAGACAAGUGAGAGGGUUACUGGGAUCUCCACCAAUGUUUAUGGGGAUUUUCCCUUACAGAACUCUCAAAAUA